ACUUCCCAACAGUUAGCCAAUCACUGGCGGUAACUGGAAAGUGGACUAACAGCAGCUAAAACGUCGUUUUAAAGAGUGUUGCUGCUGUCAUUGUUAGCUAGUUGUUUGGCUAACUGUUAACACACUGUGUUUAUCUCGGCUCUGGUCGGGACAGAAAACAAAACCUAGCAGGGUUUAAGUAUCAUUUUCAGUUUUGUAGUUCUGUUAGCAUGGACGCUAGCGGAGAAAAAGCUAGCGUGGCCUCAGAAGAGGAGUACGAAGUCCAACAUUUAACACAGGAGGAGGAAGACCUGGAGCUAACGCUAGCAAGCAUGACCAUGGAAGACCUGCUGCAGAAGGUGCAGGCUGUGCAGACGGACAGCACGACAAAAGAGUUGGGCGUCAACACGGAGCCGGACUGGGAGAGUCAGGUGGCGGCCAUGCUGGAGUACAGCUCCAGCCUGAAAGAGCAGUACGAAAGUCUGAUGAGGAAGCAGGACGAGGAGGAAGAUUCACACGAGAAACACAAACAGCAACUGCAGAAGAGGAAGGAGGAAGCCACCCGCCAGCACCAGGCUCUUCUGGACAAACUGGAGUCCCUGCGAGUUAAACUGCAGCUGAACAACUCCAAGGCCGCCAGGAAGAAUUUCUUGGCCAAGAAACAGGAUUUGACUUCCGAGAAGAACAGAGCAGAGGAGGAGAGGAACAGGCAUGCCAGGGAGCUGGAGGAGAACGAGAAGAAGCUGACGGCUCUCAUAGAGGAGCAGAGUGAGGAGCAGCGGAGGUGGCAGGAGGAGCUGAACGAGCUGAGGCAGGAGAUGGAGCGAGUGAGGAAGGAGGCGCAGGAGGCCGAGCUGCUGGCCUUACAGGAUGAGAUUGCCGCCGUGGAAAAGCAGAGAGACGUCGCCAUGGCUCACAUCGAGGCCUGGCUGAGAGAGGUGGGACAGUAUCUGAACGCUUUCAGGUUGGAGUUUCCGCAGCAGUACACUCAUGAGAGGCAGAAGUGGGAGAAGAAGGAAAGUGCGGUCCGGAGGAAUCAGGCCGAGCUCCAGAGCCGUUUCCAGGAGGUUCUGCAGCAGCUCCAGCAGGGUCGAGAGUUAGAGUCCCUCCCCAGGAUCAAUGUGCCGUCUCUGCCGCAGGUGCCCAUGGCUGACCUGAGAUUUCAUCAGGUGAUGCAGCCACUGGUCCGCCCUCAGUUCAUGCCACCGCCAUCAAACCUAGUGAACCGUCCUCUCCCUCCCCAGAGACAGCCACACUAUUACCAGUACCCGCCUCCACACCAUCCCCACUACCGUCACCGCUACCACCACCCACCACCCCAUCAACAGUUCCAACCUCCCCUCCCACCACAGCAGCAACCUCCGCACCAGUUACAGCCCCAUAUAGGAGCUCCGAUGAGGGUGAUGACUCCCCCUCUCAGUCUCUCGCCGUCCCCUCCUGUUCAGCCCAUCCACUCUGUAGCUCCUUCCCCGCCUCCCUCUGCUGCCGCUGCCACCUCUGCCCCCGCCGGCAAACUAGACAAGGUCUUGGAGAAGCUUGGCACUCGGUUCCCACAAUGCAACAGGGCUCAGCUGACGUCGCUGCUCCAGCAGGUGAAGAGCUCCCGUGGUACACUGGCUGGCAUGUCCAUGGAAGAGGUCAUUGAGCAGGUCCGCAUCAAGCUGGCACAGAAUGAGAGGGCGGCCCCGGGUCCCAUCAGCCGGCCCACGCCCCUGGGCCCCAUCCAAAGGCCGACACCUCCCCCGCAGAGAGCAGCAGCAGGUGGAGGUCAGGCUGUAGGGGCCCGUAAACUCUGCCUGAUGUGCCAGAACCACGUGGAUCCAGAGAGCCGCCACCCACUGAGCUGCUCCCACGCCAUCCACAAAGACUGCAUCAGAGUGUGGCUGCAGUCCAGCAAGAACAACUCCUGUCCCUUCUGUCCGGGGAAGUGACAGAGAACACCAGGUGGUGAAAGUUUAACCAUGACUCUAAUCAGUUCCACUCCAGAAAUGACUCUUGUACGUUCAGCAGUAUAUGGUUCUGUUUAAUACAGAUGUGGUUUUUCAGUGGAUGUUUUUUUUGUAAUACAACCUACAAGAAAGAUCAUUAAGAAAAGUGAAUUGUAAUAAAACCUAUUUGCUCUAUCUAUCUUUUCAGUUUAAUAAAACUAAUCUUCUUAA